AUGAAACAGAAAUGGAACCAAAAACAAUUUUCACGUAAACGCUGUAAGAAGAAUUUCAAAACUAAACAAAAUUUUCAAAAUCAUGGAAGAAUCCAUACAGGAGAGAAGCCUUUCAGUUGUGACGAGUGUAAACAGAAGUUUAAACAAAGGUCAAGCUUAAUUCAACACCUUCGGGUCCACUCUGGAGAGAAGCCUCACAGUUGUGACGUGUGUAAACAGAAGUUCACACGAAAGUCAUACUUAAUUCAACACCUUCGGAUCCACACAGGAGAAAAGCCUUACAGUUGUGACGAAUGUCAACAGAAAUUUACACAGAAGUCCCACUUAAUUAAACACAUCCUUAUCCACACUGGAGAAAAGCCUUACAGUUGUGACGAGUGUAAACAGAAGUUUUCACAAAAGUCAGACUUAAUUUCACACAUUCGUCUCCACACAGGAGAAAAACCUUACAGUUGUGACGAGUGUAAACAGAAGUUUACACACAGAUCAACCUUAAUUAAACACCUUCGGAUCCACACAGGAGAAAAGCCUUACAGUUGUGACGUGUGUAAAAAGAAGUUUACACAAAGGUCAAGCUUAAUUAGACAUCAAAGAAUCCAUACAGGAGAAAAGCCUUACAGUUGUGACAAGUGUAAAAAGAAGUUUACACAAAAAUCAAGCUUAAUUGAACACCUUCGGAUCCACACUGGAGAAAAGCCUUACUGUUGUGACGAGUGUAAAAAGAAGUUUACAAGAAGAUCAAGCUUAAUUAAACACCUUCGGAUCCACACUGGUGAAAAGCCUUAUGCUUGUGACGAAUGUCAACAGAAGUUUUCACAGAAGUCACACUUAAUUUCACAUCUUCGCAUUCACACUGGAGAAAAGCCUUACAGUUGUGACCAAUGUAAAAAGAAGUUUACAGAAAGGUCAAACUUAAUUGCACACCUUCGGAUCCACAGUGGAGAAAAGCCUUACAGUUGUGACAAGUGUAAAAAGAAGUUUACACAAAAAUCAAGCUUAAUUGAACACCUUCGGAUCCACACUGGAGAAAAGCCUUACUGUUGUGACGAGUGUAAAAAGAAGUUUACAAGAAGAUCAAGCUUAAUUAAACACCUUCGGAUCCACACUGGUGAAAAGCCUUAUGCUUGUGACGAAUGUCAACAGAAGUUUUCACAGAAGUCACACUUAAUUUCACAUCUUCGCAUUCACACUGGAGAAAAGCCUUACAGUUGUGACCAAUGUAAAAAGAAGUUUACAGAAAGGUCAAACUUAAUUGCACACCUUCGGAUCCACAGUGGUGAAAAGCCUUAUAGUUGUGACAAGUGUAAACAGAAGUUUACACACAGAUCAACCUUAAUUAAACACCUUCGGAUCCACAACAGACGAAAGCCAAAUGAAUGUUAAUUAUAUCCAGCGAAAUUCAUUCGAAGCCAAUAUUUAAAAGUAAAUAAAAGUAUUCACAGAUGAAAAUUUUGAAGGAAUAUUAUAUUUAAUUUUUAUUGUAGAAUUAUCGAAAGGUGUAAGCAAAACUGGUUUUAAA